AUGGAAUACCACGGCGGACUGGGCCUUCGUUCACGGUUCAUUAAGUCGUAUAAUGAACUCACAAACUACAGAAACGGUCAAUCCAUCACCGUCGACGGACAUUCUCUGUCUAUCAUAGCUAUCGUGGCAACAGCACGGCAUGUCGUGCCUUUGAUGCUCAGCAGCAAAUCCGAAAUCAGAGAACGGUUUGAACAAUCCCGCAGCCUUGUAGUCAGUACAGUGGAGGAAGAGAAGAGUGUAUAUGGCGUGAGCACCGGAUUCGGUGGAAGCGCCGAUACUCGCACAAACGAUCCUAUUGCUCUUGGACAUGCACUCUUACAGCAUCUCCAUGUCGGCGUACUCCCUACAUUCCCAACAGUCUCCUCGUCGGUCCUCCCUUUGCUCGAUCCUCUCGCCUUCACUAGUAUGCCUGAGUCAUGGGUACGGGGUGCCAUCGCCAUACGCAUCAACUCGCUCAUUCGCGGCCAUUCUGGUGUGCGAUGGGAACUUUUGGAGAGAAUGAAUGACCUCCUACGCGAGAAUGUCGUUCCUCUCGUCCCGCUUCGUAGCAGCAUCUCUGCUUCCGGCGAUCUUUCGCCUCUCUCUUACGUCGCCGGGACACUCAUGGGAAACCCUUCGAUCAGGGUAUUUGACGGCCUCGCGACCUCUGGUACGCGUCGAAUGAUAUCGUCUCAUGAGGCGCUUGAGAACCAUCACCUUGAGCCCAUAUCGUUAGCGGCAAAGGAACACCUUGGGCUCCUGAACGGGACUGCGUUCUCGGCGUCCGUGGCUGCACUAGCCAUGAACACGACAGUUACUCUCACGAUGCUCGCACUGAUAUCCACUGCCAUGUGCACAGAGGCACUUAUCGGGUCCCGGGGGAGCUACGACCCGUUUAUACACAACACUGCACGGCCCCACCCCGGACAGGUGGAGGCCGCUGGUACCAUCUGGGCGCUCCUAGAGGGCAGUCGCCUCGCGAAAGAUGUAAAUAGCGAGACUACUAUUGACGAAGAUGACGGUGAGCUGCGUCAAGACCGCUACCCUCUGCGCACGGCGCCACAGUUUCUUGGACCACAAAUUGAAGAUGUACUCUCGGCAUUCACCGCCGUCACUCUGGAGUGUAACUCUACCACGGACAACCCUUUAUUUGACGGCGAGACCGGAAAAGUGCAUCAUGGAGGCAACUUCCAAGCUAUGGCGGUGACCAAUGCGAUGGAGAAGACCAGAUUGGCGUUGCAUCACAUCGGCAGGCUCCUCUUUACUCAGGCAACAGAGCUGAUGAACCCUAGUAUGAACCGCGGGCUUCCACCGUCGCUCGCUGCGACCGAUCCGUCUCUCAACUACCACACCAAGGGCCUGGACAUUGCUAUGGCCGCAUAUGUCAGUGAGCUCGGACACCUUGCUAGCCCUGUGUCAACCCAUAUCCAGUCCGCGGAGAUGCAUAACCAAGCUGUCAAUUCUUUGGCCCUCAUCUCAGGUCGCAUGACCGUCAGUGCUGUCCAAGUGCUAUCCAUGCUGACGGCGACGUAUUUGUAUGCUCUUUGUCAAGGCGCGUCUCACGUCUCAUACAGACGCCCCCUUGACCUUCGCACCAUGGAUGCCGAAUUCCGCCUAGGCCUUGCUACUAUAGUAGAAGAAGAAUUACAUGCCCGAUUCGAUCGGCAUCUGUCAGCGCUCGAACCAACAUCGCUGUUGCAGAAGACCAUUUCCAUCAUGUACCAAACGCUGGACGUGACAACCACCAUGGACACCGCACCCCGCAUGAAAAGGGUCGUUUCGUCAUCUUCGUCAGUCUUCCUAGAUGUCUUCGCUACAUCAGUCGAUAGUACAUCAGCACUGGCGGUCUUCCCGGACUUCUGUGACAGAGUGGCCUCUCGUGCCACAUCGUUCAUAGUAUCUCUCCGCGAGGAAUACCUAGGCGGUAGUCGUGGACCCGCGCCCGCAAGCAAGAUGCUCAAGAGGACAAAGCCAGUGUACGAAUUUGUCCGUGUCACGCUGGGCAUCGCGAUGCACGGAAAGGAGAACGACGAGCUAUUCGCCCAUGGAUUGGGCACGACGGAUGUCACGAUUGGACAAAAUGUGUCCUUGAUUCAUGAAGCAAUCUUGGAUGGCAAGAUUGAAGCCGUCAUUGCCAAAUUGUUUUGUUGAAGGAAUAGCAGCACAAUUUAAUCGAGGAUCCAAUCAUUUUUAAUCCAUCUAUGCUGUUAUAAAUAACCAUAUGCCACGAAGUCCAAUCUCAUGAGUC